AUGUUCAAUCCGAAUUUUGCUGAAUCAGUUGAAACUGUGCACCAAGAGUGUACGACCACGAAUUUGACGAGAACUGAUCAACUGGACGCCAGCAGCCAACUGGCAAAACUGGUUUCGGCUCAAGAGGCCGUCGGCUAUAGCCACAAUCUAAUGCGGAAUCAGGUGUCAGACUGCAUACGUAGAACAUCUAUGACAAAUGGUUUUGCUCAUCCGAUGUGCAUUGAAUCGAAUAUAGAUUUAGACGACAUAAUGGAUGAAACAGAUGAGCCGAUUGAUUUAAGGACCAAUUCUGGCUACUCUACUGGCUCCGAUUCGCUAGAGGGAUGUCAAUCGAACAGUGCUCAAUCAACUCCAUUCAAUUCCCCCAGGUGCGUUGACACCGACGAAGGCUCUCUGGGCGAGUCGCAGGUGAUGACCGCUGCUGUGAUAUUCCCCUCUGUGAACAACAUACCCCCUGUCACGAACAACAAAGAAGAGUACCCAUUCGAGUGUGAAGUUCCCAAUUGUGGCAAGAGCUACAAGAAAGUGUCCCAUCUGAAAGCGCACAGGCGAACACAUACGGGUGAGAGGCCGUUCAAAUGUACGUGGCUUGAAUGCGAGUGGAGCUUCGCCCGGUCUGACGAGUUGACGAGACACAUUCGCAAACACACAGGCUACAAGCCAUUCGGAUGCCACGUGUGCAACAGGAACUUCUCACGGUCAGACCACCUCAAGAACCACUUCAGAAGACAACACUCGAAUGUCCUUCAAAAUGUCAGUCAUUCAGACUAA